GCGUUGACAUGCGCGCCAAAAAAAUAGUCAACUUUUCAACAAGCUUAUCAGAGGCAACGAAAAACGGUAUAAUGAACUCCAAAAUGCAACGGAAAGUUCUUGCAAUACAAGCGAAGAAAAAGAGGUACAAAGCACCAAAGGCACGCAUGAGGCCAGAAGACAGCAAGACCAAGCCGAAAAGCGGGAGUGUGUCUAGUUUCAACGAUGAAGAUUAUGAAGUGGACGAAAACUCCGACGAAGAGGAACAAGAGGAGCCAGGAGAUUACUGCAAAGGAGGGUACCAUCCUGUUCGAUUAGGUGACUUGUUCAAUAACCGGUACAGCAUCAUCAGAAAGCUGGGAUGGGGACACUUUUCAACUGUGUGGUUGGCAUGGGAUCUCAAAGAUCGCCGGUUUGUAGCACUGAAGAUUGUUAAAAGCGCAUCUCAUUAUACAGAAACUGCUAUAGAUGAAAUGAAACUUCUAAGAACUGUGCACACAGCAGAUGCAAAUCACACUGGAUAUAAACAUGUUGUCCAGCUAACGGAUGAUUUCAAAAUUGUAGGAAUAAAUGGUUCACAUAUAUGUAUGGUUUUUGAAGUGUUAGGUCAUAACUUGUUAAAAUUAAUAAUAAAGUCCAGUUAUAAAGGAAUACCAAUAUUGCAAGUCAAGAGUAUCAUAAAACAGACAUUACAAGGCCUCGACUACUUGCACUCCAAGUGUAAAAUUAUUCACACUGAUAUCAAACCUGAGAAUAUUUUACUUUGCGUGAAUGAGAAGCAUGUUCAACAACUGGCAGCAGAAGCUGCAGCAGCCAGAGCUUCGGGACUUUACUCCCCAGCCUUAAUUAGUACUGCUCCUCCUUCAGUAAUGCAGCAAUGCACAUCAACAAAGAUAUCAAAGAACAAGAAAAAGAAAAUGAAGAAAAAAUUGAAGAAGCAAAUUGAAAAGCAGCAACAACAACAGGAUGAAAUUGAGCAAGGGAUGCUGGAAGAAAAUGAGGAAGCUUUGGAAAAGGACAGUGAAGAAUGUUGUAGCAAUAACACAGAAAAUUGUGUGGACAAUUCCAAAGUUUGUGAACAAAAUGCUAGUGGACUUGAAACAAAUCCAUUGCCAGAAAAGACUGUGGAAAAUCACGUUGAUAGUGAGUCUGUAGAAUUUUCUGAGGAACUUAGUAGUCAGACUCUACAAGAGAAAUGUGUUGUCUCUGGUGAUGAUAUGUCAGUGACGGAAGAACAGAAUGAAACAGAUGGACUACUGUGCAAUGGUGAAGCACAGGACAGCAAGAGUGUUGACAUGGAGUCAUUACCGGAACAGAAAGCUGCAUCUGAAGAAACCUGCAUUGAAGAAAGUUGUCUAGAAGAAGGUUCUGUAGAACCUGAUCAAGAUGACGACUCCAUAAGAGUGAAAAUUGCUGACCUUGGAAAUGCUUGUUGGGUGCAUCAUCACUUUACAGAAGAGAUUCAAACAAGACAGUAUCGCAGCCUUGAAGUUUUAAUUGGAGCAGGUUAUGGUCCGCCAGCUGAUAUGUGGAGUACAGCCUGUAUGGCAUUUGAACUGGCUACUGGGGAUUUUCUUUUCGAGCCCCACUCUGGAGAAGAUUAUUCAAGAGAUGAAGAUCAUCUAGCUCAUGUCAUUGAACUUCUUGGGAAGAUUCCAAGGCAUAUUGCUCUUUCUGGCAAAUAUUCCAGAGACUUUUUCAACAAGAAAGGGGAACUCAAGCACAUUUCGAAGUUACGACCCUGGGGAUUGUACGAUGUCCUACGUGAGAAGUACGAAUGGCCUGAGAAAGACGCCAUGGAGUUUUCAGCGUUCCUGCUCCCAAUGUUAGACUUUAACACCGAUAAAAGGGCAACCGCUGUACAGUGUAUAGAACAUCCCUGGCUCAGAGAUGUUGUUUAGAGGUCAAAGGAUUAUUUGGACCAUUAAAAAAAAAACCUCGAGUCGAGACUUCAAGCUUCAUGGGUUCGUUCAGAAUGACUCUUCCUGUUGUUAUAAAGCCCAUUUGUCCAAAGUAGUUUUGACUCAGUCAUUUUGAUGAUCUGCUGUGGGGACAUGACAGAAUAGUUCUUUUUCACCCCGCAAAUCAAGGAAAGUUUGAAUUUUUUAUUUUUCGGACACUGUAUUUAACUUUCGGAUCUUGCAGAGUUCACCGCGGAGACUAACAAAGUCCGUAACAUGACACUUCCAAGUGACAUUAAUUUUUGUGUAGAGUGCAGCUGGAUUAAAAAAAACAGUGGACAUUUGUUCUUCCAGCUAAACAUGUUUUAGUGACAGAAAACCAGAAAGCACAACUUUUGCACUGGCGUAAGUGCUUAUAAACUUACCAGACAUUAACCCCAAGUGAAAGAAGUUUCCGUUAAAUAGUUUGCGUUUGAUUUACUGAGUGUCCAAACUAGCGUAUUGAUGAGUUGAGUAAAUCGAGUACCCUAGCAUAAUUAACGCAACAAUUAAAUUAUCAUAAUAAAUGGAACCUAAUUAUCAUGAUUAGGCUGAUCUACCUGGACUGGUUUUCACUUGUCACAUUCUGUUCACACCACCUAAACGUGUGUUGUUAAACUAGCUCAAAUGAAGUCUGACGUUUUCAAAAAGUUUAGAAUUAGUUUUCACUUGAGGUGAAAUAACAGCGUUUGAAAUCUAAAGUGAGUCAAUCUCAGCGAUGAUCGUUUAUGUACAAACCAAUUUUAGUAUGUUACCUUUAGCGUGAACAUUGUAUUGUUUAACGCAACAUUUAUUUAUUUUUGUUGUGGAAAUAGAGAACUGGUAAUCUGUAUGUUGUUUUACUUACUUAAAGAUAUUAUAAAUCCAAAUAGCAUUGCAUAUUCUGAAGGACAGUUAAAAGAGAACUUUUAGUAAUUAUUUAAUUAUAUAUAUUCAGUGGAAUGUUUAUAGCGCCUUUGCGUUUGCUGGAGGUUUUGAUUGUCUUUUUCUUGAAACUUUGUUAGUUUUCCAAAUUUCUCGGCCAAUCGAACGAGCCUACAAGUUCACCUGCAUGUGAAGAUCACGUGGCGACCAUGUCUUUGUCGCGUGUCAGAUUAACUUCGUUUCUGAUUGGUGGAACAAUGGGAAAGCCAUUACAAAGCUGUCAAAGACCGAUCAAAACCUUAUCCAGUCGCAACGGUAUAUGGCGUUGCACUAUGAAAGGAAAAGAGUUGUUUAUAAAACUAGAGACUGGUUAUUGUACUUAUUUGUCGUUAAAUAAGGUGUAUUUAAUGUUCUAAAGAAUUUUAUUUUGCCUCGAGUUUCCUUCUACGUGAGUAGUUCUUUGCUCUAAAUAUUCGUGAGUUUCAGGGCUUGAAGAGAUUUUUGGCUCUGGCCUUAAAAUUAAAGCGUCCAAGAUAGAAAAAGGAUUGGGUUCUCAAGCCCUACCGCAAUUCUGCAGGGCUCCAAAGAGCAAUAAAUGGCAUUUGAUCUCCAAAGCUAAGAAAUCCCUCAGAUACACAACCUGUGAUCACGUGUUCUUUUCUCCCGCCAUUGUGGUAAAAAGAACGCCUGAUCACAACGAGUAAAUCUAGAAGAGAAGACUUCAUCAAGACUAUCACUAGAGGCAAGGAAUAUUUGUGCCACAUUGGUACAUGAUGGAUUAAACACCUUACAAAGUUAGCACAUAUGAUUGUUGUACUUAUUCGAAGAAGUAGUCUUUAAAAAUUCUUUGUUUUUUACUUCAUUAAAACGUGUCAACUGAGAA